UCAGCAUCUCGCUGAAAUAACUCUCAUUUGAACGCGAGAAACUCGUAUGCUUGGUGAACGGCAAAGCUAAAUAGAAUUUUACAGAAAUAUAUUUUGUUCACUUAUAAAUUUGAAACGAUGUUCGAUGCUCUACAGCUUGGCUUAGUUUGGUUUUUUGUGGCUCUCGGUUAUGUGGAGAGCCUGAAAUAUUAUACGGAAAAACCUCCAUAUAUUGAAUCGUGUCGUAUCAAAGAGCCCGACUUCACGAACUGCUCAACGCAUUCCAUACAGGGCUUUCUUAACGAGGUCAUCAAAGGCAUUCCCGAAAUCGAGGAGUCUUUCGGACCAAUAGAUCCCAUGAAACAGGAUCAGCUGACAUUCACACAAGCGGAUAGCGAUGUUGCAUCUAUAUCGGCCAAUCUAACCGAUCUGGUAAUACGCGGCUUUGGCAAAAUGAUAGUCAAGGAAAGCAAGGUCAACAUUAAGGACUUUAGCUGGCAGGAUAAAAUAUAUCUGCCACGAAUGCGUUUAGACGGCAAAUACAAGAUGGUCGGAAGUGUCUUAAUAAUACCGCUGCACGGCUCCGGCAACAUAUUUAUAGAGAUUGAUGAUCUUGACAUUCUGCUCAAAGCCAAGACGCGACUGUACGAGAAGGGCGGCUACACCUUCUACAAUGUGACUGAUGUGAGUGUUAAGGUAAAGGUCGGCCAUGUGCGUACAUAUUUGGACAAUCUGUUCAAUGGGCACAGCAAGGAGGUGGAGCAGACCACGAAUCAGUUCUUCAAUGACAACUGGAGAGAUUUCUUUGAAACAUUUCGUCCACUGAUUGUGGGCACUCUGGAGCGCACCAUGCUCGAUCUGCUGAGGAAGAUGUUUAGCGUGAUGCCGGCCAAUUUCUUCGUGGAGGACAUACCCAAUUCGCUGUUACUUUAUGGUCGCAAAUCACGUCUGAUAGCAUAGCAUUGUUUACUUAUUGAG